GCCGCCGCCGUCGGCUGAGACUAGUUUCUUCAGGCCCACUGUUUUUUUAAGCCCAAGCAAAACUCGAUCCCGUUCGCCUCGCCGGGUCUCCCAUGCCGCCGGCGAGGAGCCCGGCCGCCGGCCUGCGGCGGCGCAAAGUCUUCCUCCCUCUCGUGUUGGUCCUCCCCCUUAUUCUAUUGACCCUAAUCCUGAUCUUCCCAUCUCGAUCCAUCCCCGCGCUCCGCGACGCAGCUCUCAGGUCCCAACAGAUCUGCGACUACGCUGCCGGCGGAUGGGUGCCCGACUCCUCCGCCGAGUCCCACCUCCGGUACGACCACACGUGCAAGGAGAUCUUCAAGGGGUGGAACUGCAUCGCCAACGGCAAGCGCAACGGCUGCGCCCUCCUCCGCUGGCGAUGGAAGCCCGCCGGGUGCGAGCUACUCCCCAGACUCGACCCGCUCCGGUUCUUAGAGCGUCACAGGAACACCAACAUUGGAUUUGUGGGUGAUUCUUUGAACCGAAACAUGUUUGUCUCAUUGAUCUGCAUGCUCAGGGGAGUGAACGGAGAGGUUCGCAAGUGGCGUCCAGCAGGGGCAGACCGAGGUUUCACAUUCCUACGCUACAACCUCACCCUCGCAUACCACCGAACUAAUCUUUUGGUACGCUAUGGCAGCUGGUCAGCCAGUCCAAACGGAGGUCCCCUAGAAUCUCUUGGAUACAAGCAAGGCCACAGGAUUGAUGUUGAUAUUGCCGACCAAACAUGGGCAGAGGCACCAAGCUUCCAUGAUAUUCUUAUUUUCAAUACAGGACAUUGGUGGUGGUCCUCUUCAAAGUUUGAUCCAAUACAGUCACCGAUGCUCUUCUUUGAGAAAGGGAAGCCGAUUAUACCUCCUUUACUGCCACCUCAAGGACUGGAUUUGACUCUUAAACACAUGAUAACAUUUGUGAACAAAGCAAUGAGACCCAAUGGAUUGAAAUUCUUCAGCACCCAAUCUCCUAGACAUUUUGAAGGUGGUGAUUGGAAUGAAGGUCAAUCCAUCUCUCGACACUUCAUUUCUCCGACGAGCACGAUGAGGACGGCGUUGUCGCUUCUCUCCUUCCUCGCCGUCUCAGUGCUUAUCCUCGCCCCCAUGGCGAUGGCGGACGGCUACAGCCAGCCGCAAGACUACCAGCCGCCGGCCUACAGGAAGCCCGCGGACGGCCUCGCCGCCGGAUACUACGGCGAGUCGUGCCCCGACAUGGAGGGCAUCGUCCAGAGGGCCGUCAAGAAGGCCUUCGCCGCAGACUACACCAUCGCCGCGGGCCUCAUCCGCCUCUUCUUCCACGACUUUGCCGUCGGGGGGUGCGACGCGUCGAUCCUGAUAGACGCGCCGGGGAGCGAGAAGUACGCCGCGGCGAGCAAGACGCUCCGGGGCUUCGAGCUCAUCGAGGCCAUCAAGACGGAGCUGGAGGCCAAGUGCCCCAAGACCGUCUCCUGCGCCGACAUCCUCACCGCCGCCACCCGCGACGCCAGCAGGGAGGUGGGAGUGAGCUACUGGCCGCUCGUCUACGGCCGGAAGGACGGCCGCCAGUCCCGCAAAGAGGCCGCCGACAAGUACGUGCCCAUGGGCCGCGAGAGCGUCACAGACCUCGUCGCCUUCUUCGAGUCCAAGGGCCUAAACGUCCGCGACCUCGUCGUCCUCUCCGGCGCGCACACCAUCGGCAAGGCCAGCUGUGCCGCCGUGAAGCCGCGUCUCUGCAAGAACAAGCCGGAGACGCUGGACGGCAAGUACGGCGACUUCCUGAGGCGCAAGUGCCGCCGCGGCGACGCGGAGCACGAGCGAGUGGAGCUCGACGGCGUCACGCCCACGGCGUUCGAUAACGGGUACUACAAGAACCUGGAGCGCAGGAUGGGACUCCUGGAGACGGACCAGAAGAUGCUCCAUGACUCCCGGACCAGGAGCUUCGUCCAGGAAAUGGCCAGAGAGCCCGAGGAAUUCAAGCGCCAGUUCGCCGAGUCCAUGCGCUGGCUCGGCAACGUGCAGGUCCUCACCGGCAGCGAGGGCGAGGUCCGAUCCAAGUGCUCCGCCGUCAACUACUGAUCGAUCCACAUUAUAUACGUCGGCGAAACAGCAUGCGCAUCUCGGUUAAUUUGUUGGUUCAGGAGCGAAAUGUUGCUUGCCUUUUUUGGUUUAAUUCAUACUUGUUUUGGUUAAUCUUUUUUAAACUACCUAUAUACUUAUACUUGUUUGUGGUGUAAAGUCAUGGCAUGUGUCAGACAUACUUUUGCCUCC